AUGGCGCAACAGAUCUUUCAGAAUUACCCCCCACCUCUAUCAGAACAGCAGCAGGUGUAUCUUUCCACUUAUGUGAAAAACUGGACCAUACAGCAUGGCUUGACAGUCAGACCUUCGGCGGCACAGGUAUCUGAAGAGGUCAAUCCAAAUGCAGUCCUGGCGACCAACGCUCCAGUCUCGCUCUUCCCCAGUCCCUUCCCUCGAAAGCUGUUCAAGCAGGCGCAAAGCCUUCAGACUGUGUACAACGAAUUGUACGCUGCGAUAGCGAGUAACGAGACCUUCUUGGAAUCUGUGAUGAAGGAGCUCAUAGAUGUUGAUGAUUUUCUUUCAAAUCUAUGGAAGAUUCACCUCGACGUCAAGGCCGAGGGGUACACCCAUGAACAUGCGUUAGGACUGUUCCGUUCGGAUUUUAUGCUCGAUGCCGCCACCGAUACCGUGAAGCAGGUCGAGUUCAACACCAUUUCUUCCUCUUUCGGUGGACUGUCGUCGUUGGUAACUCAACUGCAUACUGAGCUCGCAAGCUUCCCAGCACCGGCAACAUCUCUAGCCUACCCGCCCCAUCCUCUAUUCAAAACUUCCGGCCGCCCUAAUCAUCCGCCACCAAACGAAGCUGUUCCGACUCUUGCGAGAGGCCUGGCUUCUGCCCACAAAGCCUAUGGUCCUGCCAAAUCAAGUCCAGCGCUCCCUCUUUGCGUACUAUUCCUUGUUCAGCCCAGCGAACGCAACAUCUUCGACCAGCUGGCCCUAUCAUCACGCAUGCACACGUCUCACAAUGUCGCCACCUUCCGUCUACCAACUACCUCAGUCCUAGAGCAGACCACCAUCGGUACUUCUUCUCCAUCACGGCCACUAAUAUACCAUCCGCCCUCCGCUCCAGGCACAGCUUACGAGGUGACGACAGUCUACUUUCGUGCCCUUUAUGCACCGUCCGAGUAUACUUCCCCGACUUUCUGGCAGGCACGGCACCACCUCGAGCGCUCCGCCGCGAUUAAAUGCCCCUCAAUCCUGCUGCAUCUCAGCGGUAGCAAAAAGAUACAACAAGUGCUCACCUCCACCGAACCAGAUCAUCUAGGCAGUUUCCUCCCCAACGCAUCCGCGGCCACUCUAGACUCUCUCCGCUCCACCUUUGCGCCCCAAUACGCCCUUGACAGCGAAGGUCUCGCUCUCGCCACAAAUCCCGACACAGCCGCUCACCACGUGCUGAAGCCCCAACGCGAAGGCGGCGGAAACAAUAUCUACCGCGACAACAUCCCGCCCUUCCUCGCCUCCAUGCCGGAAAAGGACUACAAGCAGUACAUCCUCAUGGAACUCAUCCACCCCCCAGCAUCAGCGCACAACACCGUUCUGCGCUCCGACGGCGAAGUCGUCUCCGGAGACGUCAUCUCCGAGCUGGGAACCUUCGGAACCUGCCUGUGGAAAACACCGCGUCCUCAUGACGCCGAUGCACCGAAACAGGGCGAGGCCCCAUCAACCCCUGAGAUCCUGCAUAACGAGGAGGGCGGCUACCUGUUGCGCACCAAGGCGAGCGGCUCCGAUGAAGGCGGCGUGGCCACGGGCUUCAGCAGCUUGGACUCAGUCUUGCUCUACGAUGACGAACACCUGCAUUAG